CCUCUCUAUCGGCCUGCUCGCGAAUUGCCCGAUUUUUUUUAUAAGUAGUACUGUCAAACUCAUCGAAACAACAACAGGCGAAUGAAUCCGUAACGGCACAAAAAACAAUAAGCCCUGCGAGUGAGACAGAGACGGGGAGACGCGCGCGGAAGUCGGGCAGAAAUAAUAUUUUGUGUAAUUUUUGGGUGCAACGGCGUGCUUUGAGUGCUUCCGAUUCGAAAUUCGCGACAGUGCUGUGGCCAAGAGUUCACCUUUUAGGUGUUUUUUUUAUAGCAACAAGCGACGCAAGCGUUUCGGAAAUAGAGCAGAGCACACAAAGUGCAGGAAUGUCUAGGGAAUUUGCAUAAUUUUCGGGUCGACCCAGCCAAAAGUUGUAUAAUAAGCUUGUGAAAACCACAAGGUAGGCCCGGUUCACCACAAAUGGCCGGGUUAUGCCGCUCCACCACCACCUCCAAAUCCACCACCCCAGCUGAGAGGCCAUCCAACACCAAGACCAGAUCCCAAAAUAUCUCACAAAAUGUCUAGUGCCCAAUACCAGGCACUCGAGCCGCAGACUUCGGACGAGGAUAACGAGGACAUCGAACGGAGGGCACAUCAGAACCAUCACCGCUGCCCCACCGCGCCACAUCCCAUGGUCCGGAAGGGGAGCGUGGGCAUGGGCAGGCGCCGUUGCGUACUGCCCCUGGUGGUCGCUGCUCUGUUCUUCAUCGCCUGCUGCUACCUAACCCUCAGCGGAGACACUCGGAUCGCCCUGGGACUGGGCGGUGGUUCCGAGGACUCGGAGGAGGGAUCCCACCACGAAUUAGGUAAGCAGGGAGUCCAGUUUCAAGAAUCCCGACCCCCAGACUGGCUGUUAAGGUACACCCGCCAGGCCGAACACUUGGAGGCAGCCAGACCAGAAUUCCAGGGGUUCGGGAACGUCACAGAUAGUAUUCAAGAAACGGAAGUAGAUGAAUAUGAUAUCGAGCUAAAACAGCCAGAAUUGAAGCCGAAAAAAAUACGGACAAGACAUCGUUUCAACCCAAAAAUCCAUAGUAUGAAUUUCCGGCCACUCAACGAAAGUCUGCACAUUUGUAGCGAGAGCUAUGAGGAUCGCCGGCAGUUUAUGCAGGAUAAACCCCGUUCUGACUACGGACAGCUGCCCGUGAUAUAUUUUGUUACCCCGACGUAUCCGCGCCGGGAGCAGAUCCCAGAACUAACCCGUCUGGCGCACACGCUGCUCCAUGUCCCGCGAUUGCACUGGCUAGUAGCCGAUGAUCAGGAAAAAUGCAACGACUUUAUGGACACCCUGCUCAAUAGAUUCGGUAUUCCCUUUACCCACAUGGUGAGCCCCAUGCCAAGCAAGUUCCGGAAUGAAAAACCAGCACCGCGAGGCGUAGCAAAUCGCAGAGCCGCUUUGCAGUGGUUGCGGCAGCACAAUCUCACUAACGGAAUACUAUACUUUGGGGACGAUGAUAACACCUACGACCUUCGACUAUUUACAGAAAUUCGGAAAACGCAACGGGUUUCCAUGUUUCCCGUCGGUCUGAUUGCCGAUUAUGGAGUCAGUGGGCCAGUAGUGCGAAAGGGCAAGGUGGUGGCCUUUCUGGACUCCUGGGUGGCUGGUCGACGCUGGCCCGUUGACAUGGCCGGUUUCGCCGUGAACUUGGAGUAUAUGGCGCAGUAUCCCUAUGUAAAUAUGCCAUACAAGCCUGGCUACGAGGAGGAUCUCUUCUUACGCAGCAUCGGUCUGAAAAUUAAUCAGAUCGAACCGCGGGGUAACAACUGCACCGAGAUACUGGUUUGGCACACGCAGACGAAGUCCAAGAAGCUGGGCAUGGUUCGCUUAGAAAGCAAAUAUUUGGACGACCGCUCUAACCUAGGCGCCCUGCUGUCCAACCUUAAACUAAUGGGCGUGGCCAGUACAACGGAAAAUGAAGGACGCAAUGCACUGAUCAGCAAGAAUGGAAAGGAGAAGCCGCACUCCGACAUACUAAGCUGAGUCCCAGGAUCCAACAUUCAUAGGAGACAUCCGUCUGAAACCCCCUAAUAAUACUCAUAGAUUUAUAAAGCUAAAUGUAUAAUAUUUCUGCAACAAACCAAAUCUCGAAUCAACUGUUUCCUGUAUCCCAUGGAAUUUCCUGCUUUAGUUAUCAGUCGUUUUCGCACUGCACAAUAUCUUUAUAUAUUUAUGUUUACGAUUUACGUCGGGUGCUGACCCUUUGUUCUAUGUUCUCAUCAUAAUGUAGUGUUAAUAAAAAUUAUGAAUGUAUUGUUAAUUAGUUGUAGAUAAGUUCUUUCGUGAUAGCAGGUUAAAAAAAAGCAGAGAGAGUUAAAAAUAUAGCUUCAGGACUUAUUUAAAUAUAUCGUCGUCGCUACCAUGAGGUUGUAAAGGCAGAGUUAAAAUUCAAAACUUUUAUAUUAUACGUUCUAAUUUGAUUAUCAAAAAAAGUCUUUUCUUUAUAAUCUAUAUAUGUACAUCAAACUCUUAUGACGCUUGUUAUUGUUGUUAAUCGCCUCAUCAAUUUGCAGCAUUGAACACAUAUCAUAAAGCUUGAAAAUACAUAUUUUAGCAUUACUUAGGUGUUUUAAAUCCCUAUAAAGCUAGUGGUUUAGUAACGGACAGUAAGAUUGAAUGACCUAUGUCAUUUUCACUAGAAACUUAGUGUGUACGUAUAAAUGGAGCCUGUAAAUCAGUCAAAUAAGACCUUGAGCCAUAACAGAAUAAAAAUAAAUGCUAGUUUUAUAAAUCUCCAAAAAAA